GUAAUGUUUAUACUCUUACAAUUAUAGAUUGAGUGGCUAAAAUGAAUGAAACUUUUAGGCUUUCUGACAGAAUUAUCCAACAAAAAAGAUUCCAUUCAGUUUCUUUUCCAUAUAUUUUCAAGCUAUUUCAGGACUAGCAAUCAGAAAAGUUGAGCAUUAUAUUUUCAGAUAUUUUUGGUGAAGAAAUGUGCUAUGUUAGAGAGAGAAGCGGCGCGCUUGUCUGAAAUACAACCUGAUCAUCAUGUGUUGGAGGUCGGCUUUGGACCAGGACUCGGGAUUGAAGCUGCUUGCCAAUAUGUCAAAGGCGGCCAAGGAAAAAUUUAUGGAGUUGACUUCUCAGAGGAAAUGGUUACCAUGGCGACAAAGCUUGUAAGACAAGACGUCAACGACAGAAAAGUGAAACUUAUACUCGGUGAUGUAGCAGAUUUAUCCUUUUUCGAGUCCAACAAAUUUGACCGUGUUUUUCAUUGUAACACUUACUAUUUUUGGCCUGAUUUGGACAAAGCAGUACGUGAACUACAUCGUGUGAUGAAAACAGAUGCCAUUAUGGUUACCACUAUGAACUACGAACGUUCAAUACGCAUGCGAGAUAUAGGCCUCUUCCGGUAUGGUGAUAUUGAUCAAAGACGAUACAUGAAUGCCUUGGAAGCCUGUGGAUUUAGAGAUGUGUCUUUAGAGAAAACAAAAAAUAAAGAAUCUGGUGCUGCUUAUGACGUCAUGUAUGCGAAGAAAGUCUGAAACUGAAGAAACUGUGCAGUUUAUAUUUUUUUUGUUUUUACUUUUCUUGAAGUAAUUUUGAGAGUUUUUCAAACACCUAAUCAGCAACGUAGGAUUUUGUUUGACAGUUCCAUAAUGUAAUAGCGUGUCUUCAUCUUCUCUGAUUAAGUAGCUUUACAAUACUUUCGGCCGCCCCUAAAUUGAUGGACUGAUGUAUGACAUCAACCAAUUUUCUCCAUUUUAUUUUAUUUUUUCCAUAUAUGAAAUUAUAAUUUUAUAGUGUGUGUCGUCAUCUCCUUAGAUGAGGUAUCUUUACAAUACUUGCUGUCGACCCUAAAUUGAUAAAAUGAUGUAUGAUAUAAUCUUAUUUUCUCCACGUUAUGCAUAUUUUUCCACAAAGGAAAUUAUAUUGUAAUAAUAUGUGUCUUCAUAUUUUCGGAUUAGGUAGCGUUACAUUACUAGCUGCAGGUAGCCCAUGAGUUUAUAGAGAGAAAAGUGACAUCAAACAUCUUUUUUCAUUUUUGUUUGUUAAUUUUCCA